CGUUGAGGAAUUCAAUUUACGCGUCUUCCAACGGUAACUGGGUAAAGGACAUCUAUUUCUAAAAAAGCCGAAUGAUACCAACCAUACUACUAAUUGCACCUCGUAUCAUUGAGUGAGUCCUAUGAAAACUUAACGUACUACAUUGCCGAGGAAGAAACCACGCUAGAAAAGGUCGCUGCCAUAAAGAUAACUCAUCGUUUGUUAAGAGACAAAACUAGAGAGUCCAACAUGUCCGACUUCGAGGAUGAGAUGGACAUUGAUGCUCCUCCUGUCUCCAACGAUAUCAAAUUCUCCUCCGACAACACUGCCAAGGGAAAGCGUAGUGCUGCAAAUCUACCGGUCGAAGCAGAAGAUUCUUUACCAUGGGUUGAGAAAUAUCGGCCUGUAUCGUUAUCUGAUGUCUCUGGCCACCAAGAUAUCCUAGCUACUAUAAACAAAUUCGUUGAUUCGAAUCGGUUACCCCAUCUUCUUCUCUAUGGACCCCCCGGAACUGGAAAGACGUCCACCAUUCUAGCCCUUGCGAGACGAAUAUACGGCACAGAGAAUUUACGGCAAAUGGUACUAGAACUGAAUGCCUCAGAUGACCGAGGUAUAGACGUUGUACGUGAGCAGAUCAAAACCUUUGCAUCAACCAAGCAGAUCUUCACUAUGGGUGGCGCCUCGCGUUCAGGCGGGAUCGCAAGCUACAAGCUCAUCAUUCUAGACGAGGCCGAUGCCAUGACCAACACGGCGCAAAUGGCCCUGCGACGAAUUAUGGAGAAGUAUACGGCAAAUACACGAUUCUGCAUUAUUGCCAACUACACACACAAGUUAUCGCCCGCACUGCUAUCUCGAUGUACACGCUUUCGAUUUAGCCCUUUAAAGGAAAAUGACAUUCGGGUCUUGGUAGACAAGGUUAUCCUAGAGGAGGGAGUUAAGAUCUCGGGUGAAGCCGCUGACGCUUUAGUCAAGCUGAGCAAAGGUGAUAUGCGACGAGCCUUGAACGUGCUCCAGGCUUGUCACGCAUCCAGCACUCCGAUGCAGCCUAAAGAUGCGCCAAAAGUUGCCGAGAAGGACAUUGUCAGGGAGACUAUCACGACAGAGACCAUCUACAACUGCAUAGCGGCCCCGCCCCCUGAGGCGAUCACAAAGAUUGCUGACACGUUGCUGACUACGAGUGAUGUCACUACAUGUCUCUCUACCAUUAACACGUUGAAGGUAGCAAACGGUCUCGCCUUGGCAGACAUCAUCACUGCCCUAUCGGAGCAGUUAAUGAAGAUGGAGGUCAAGCCUCAAGCUAUGAUCCGAUGGCUAGAUGGCCUAGCGGAGAUCGAGUAUCGAGUAUCCGCUGGAGGAAGUGAGGCUAUUCAGACAGGUGCUGUCGUCGGUGUGGUCAGAGAAGGGUGCGAGCUUUUGGGAUAGGAGAGUUAGGUCGAUAUUAAUGGAAAUGAAACGGCGUAAUUAGACGCUGAGUGAUGAGAUUGAAACCACCUUGCGCGAUGCGCGGUGCUACCGACUUGCAUACAUGUAGGCACCUGCUUACCUAGGUACCUAACCUAGAGUACUUACUAGCCUAAGGUCGAUGCUUGAGGUAUCUACAAUGCAAAUUGGCCUCUUGUAGCCCUAGAGAGCAACAUUUCUGGCUUAGCCAUCUCUGUAGAAACGAAUUCUUGCUCACAAUACUACAUAUAAACACCGCAGAACUAAAUUAAACAGAAGAAAAUGCACAAUACACACUCUCAUCAGCAAC